AUGAGUGUCUCAAGAAACGACCUCAAAACUAUGUGGAGGUCCCACAGCUCCCUGCGGAUACGUAAGUUCCACUUCUACAAUUCACGAACUUUGGUGAUCAAUGAUAACCACGGUGUGAAGUGCGCUGUCCUCCUCGGCCAUGCUCGUCAAGAUCCAUCACUGGCUGGGAGGGUGGGGACCCUUAUGGGAGCGACAUACCCAGAAUCCAUUCAUGGCGACUCUACCGUUCCUGGAUUCAGGUACCUGCAGUCGGGUGUCGGUGCCCCUACGGGUGUUCAUCCCUUUAAGCUACAAACCAAAACAUGCCGCCGUUACGCUCAGCGUUUCCCUUCGAUGUCACAGGAGGGCAAGGCAGAUGGUAGUGAACGUGAGCAGAUCCUGAAUGAUCUUAAACCACUCAUCUUGGAGGUAAUACGUGCAUUGCGUCAUCAUCUUCCGGCGGAGUGCGAUAUUCAGGCCAAGUUUGCACAGAGACUUCCCUUACAUGGUGUGGCUCCUGGUGGCAUCUUCUCUGGUGUUGUCAUCAACAUCUCUGUUGCGACUGGUGGCCACAGAGACAAGAAAGACUUUGACAUAUGUGUCGUAGUCGCACUGGGCAACUGGAAGGGAGGUCAUAUCGUCUUGCAUGAGCUGGGCCUGGCUGGGACUCAAACCUAA